AUGGCCCAUUUCAUCACGGCCAAGAAUGUCUUGCUAUUCGUCAUGCGAAAACUUGAAGAGGCAUCUACACAACAGCCCGACCUUGAGGCCGAACCUGACGUAUUGGAUUAUACUACUCUCUGCUCAUUGAAAUUCGAUGUUCUUAGGGCUUUACAGGCGGUUUCAUUGUAUAUACCUCCCUCUUCUUUUUUCCUGAAUGAACAGCAAGACCACGAAGAUGAAUUAUGGCAAAGAAUUCUUCUCGCGAAACUGGCAAACAGACAAACAGAGGCGCAACAGGAACAGCGUUUGCUGAGAUUUUGUGGCUAUUACAUGACAAUCCUGCGAUGCACAGCUUUCAUAUGGUGUAUUCUAUUCCUUUGGACUUGGAUCGAAGGAGUCAACCUUGCUGUUACUAAGGGCACACUUCACGGGGUUGUCAUGAUAGGUGAGUGUUGGUUCAUGGUGUUCGCCUGGACGGCACUGAUGGUUGGUUGGAAAAGCCGGCGCAAAACCUUCCCCGUGUAUGUUGCUUCUCUUAUGAUCUUCGCAGGACAUUCCGUAUAUGAUGAGGGCCUUGCUGCGUUCAAUUGGAGACGGCUUGCCAUUGUAGGUGGGGCCGUUUGCACUGUUCCUGUCCUUUACUAUGAAGUGAUGCGCUAG